UCCAAACUUAUCAGUUGGUUAAAAAAGUAAAAAUUAAUAGACCCAACAAUUUAGGUUUUUGUAGUUCCGUUUCUUGUUUAUAAGGUACUAUUUUUUCAUUAUUUUAAAUUAAACAAUAAUGAAUAAUUAACUAUUUAAACAAAACAAUUACAGUAGUCUGCUUAAAAGUAUUCGUUAUUUUUCUGAUGAAUAUUUAACUCGUUAUCUACUUACAACACCCUAUAAGGAUUUGCUCAUAAUUUUGCCUUCAACACGUACAUUUGACAAAAAUAUACUCGUAUAUUCACGAUAUUGAAUAUAAUUUGUAAAGAAAAGAUUUCAACAAUGACAACAACACUAAAACCUUACCUGUCAGUUGUAAAGCAUUCGUUGGAUGCUGCUAUCUGUAUAAGCCAGUUUUACUCGCAAGUAGUUGAACGUCACAGCAAACCAGAAAUAGAAAUGCAAACCAACAGGGAGUUAAUAUUGACUCCAAUGUUAAUCAGUCGUAAUGAGCGAGAACGUGUUUUUAUUGAAAGCUCUAUAAAUUCAAUACGGGUGAGUAUAGCAAUUAAACAAUGUGAUGAGAUUGAGCGAUUACUGUGUGAUAAAUUCACACGAUUCAUGAUGAAAAGAGCAGAAAAUUUUUUCAUUCUAAGAAGGAAACCAAUUGCUGGAUAUGACAUAACAUUCCUAAUCACUAACAUGCAUGUGGAACAGAUGUACAGAAAUAAACUUAUUGAUUUCAUUAUUCGAUUUAUGGAAGAAAUUGACAAAGAAAUCAGUGAAAUGAAGUUGGCAAUCAAUGCAAGAGCUAGAAUUUGUUCAGAAGAGUUUCUCAAACAUUUUUAAAAGAAAAUUGUAUAACUAUCCAGUGUGCAUUAUUUUUUAUUUUCUACUGUAAUCAUUUUUUAUAUUGUAAAAUGUUGAAGUGCGUUUUUAUUUAAAGUUAUUAUAAGAUUAAAACACAGAAUAAAUUUAUUCUGUGAUUAAAAUCUAAAAUAUAGAUAAAUUAAUUUUCAUACAUGGUUAAUAGUUAAAAUACUUAAUCGAAAAAAUACUAUUAAAUGUUGGUGGCAUUAAUGCAUACAUUUUAAUAGUCUUUUUAUAUAUUUUAUUUCUUUUUUAUUAUUAUUAUUUUAUACUUAGUUCAGUUACAAAAAUAAUUUGAACUAACAUAUUGUUAUGGUAUGAAUACUAGAUACCAUUAUUUUACUUUUAUAAUUAUAUUAGUCAAAUAUAACAUACUAUCUAUUUAAAUAUUUUUUACAAAUACUUGUACAUGAAUGCAAUAAUAUAUAGUUUAAAGGUAAAAACAUAUCAUAAUCAUGAACUAAAAUAUAUGUCUGACCAGGUGAUAAGACUUAGUGUCCAGUCCUGUAUAUCUUAGUUCAUGAUCAUAAAUAAUUAUAAUUUAAUUUCAACCAUGUUUGUUAAAGUCUAUAGUCCAUGCCAAGAGUGAACGCAACUGCUCGCUGCCCAAAUUGUCUUCAGUUUGCCAAAAGUUGAUCUAAAACAUGCCACCGGUGACCACCAGAGUAAGCCGUGAAAUUUCAAAAGAUGACUGGUAGCAGCGGAGUAGAAAAAUUGGCCUCGCGACUACUCGAGUAAAUCAUUCGGAUGCGCAAAGCAGUUGUGUUCUCUUAUGGUGCGGAAAUAGAAUUGAGAAUAAAAAGAUAACAGAUUCAUUUUUAAAAAGUAUUAUUUAAACAAAUUCUUUGUAUUCAAAAGCAAUAAUUUAUUGUAAUUAAUUUUUAUUCAUAGAAAUGAAAUGUUUAACACUAAUUAUUUUUAUUAUCCUUCGUAAACUAUUAAAAAAAGUUCAACAGCUUUAAAUUUAAUUCAGUUAUAAUGUUUCAAAUUUAAUAUGACAUUUCACAGUCACUAAAAAUAGUGUAUGUAUAUUUUGGCAGAAAUCAAGGUUAUUCGCCUUAAAUUGUGUCUGUACUUAUCUAUUAAAUUAAAAAACACAUUUGAGAUAAUGCUCAAAUAUUUUGUUAAGUAUUAUUAUUAUAAAGUAAUUAAUUAGCUGUAGGCAGUUAUCUUUAUGAAGGUUAAUAUAAUAAUAUAAUCUUUUUGUAGAACU